AAGGAGAUGUUCUGUGGAGAACCCCUCCAAAUGUGGUCCACUUUUUAAUUUUGACGUUUCAAAAUCAAACAGCAGUGGUCACGAGUUCAUGAAAACUUCUAACAUUCGGAAUUAUUUAGUUCAUUAAUUAAAAAAAAAUAAAAUGCAGUUAAGAUACGCCCUACUUUCUACAUUCAGCAUACUGACCACGUCUGUCUUAACUAUUUUAGUACUAUAUUAUGUUCUAAGUGGUAAAGGAGAACAGAUAAGCUUUGCAUGGUUCCUCACAGAAACAUCCCCCUAUAUGUGGGGCGCUAUAGGUAUCGGAUUGUCAGUCGCAUUAUCUGUUGUUGGGGCUGCAAUGGGUAUUCACACAACAGGAGUUAGUAUUGUAGGAGCAGGAGUUAAAGCUCCUAGGAUAAAAACUAAGAAUUUAAUUUCUAUAAUUUUUUGCGAGGCUGUUGCCAUUUAUGGUCUGAUUUUAGCUAUUGUGUUAUCAAGUAAUUUCAUCGAAAUGACGCAGAAAACCUGGGAUGAUGAAGCAUUGAGGGCCAAGAAUAUAAUUGCUGCCCAUAUAAUAUUUGGAGCAGGUUUGACUGUUGGCUUUGUUAACUUAUUCUGUGGACUUUGUGUAGGUAUUGUCGGAUCUGGGGCUGCAAUUGCUGAUGCUGCCAAUGCUUCACUUUUUGUUAAAAUUCUAAUCAUCGAGAUUUUCGGCAGUGCUAUCGGUCUAUUUGGUCUGAUUGUUGGUAUUUAUUUGACAUCUAAAGGGUCCAUGGGCAACAAUUAAUAAUUACCCGUUUGUAAAUUUUUGUUAAUAGAGAACUAUUAUAGCUUUAUUAUAAUUUUGAAUGUGUAGUCACUGAUUCCACUUAUUGUAUAAUACAAUAUUGUAAAGUUACAAGUUGCCAAUAAAGUAUUUUAAAUUUAA